UCCCUGGCCUAUAAAUACUCCCCAUUGGAGGUGCUUAGAAACAUUCGUUCGCCCUACUUUUCUUUCUACGCAGCCUCUUUGUUGAACGGAUUUUCGAAAGUACUCAAAUUCGGCUUAGGUUCUUUCAGAUCUUGUGGUUUUCAGCGGUAUAAUACUAGAAUUAAAGACCGAGAUUUGUUUUCUUUGAUCAAAGUUCUAUGAUUCUGAUAAAUUUUCUUCGUAUAUCCAAAUGGCGUUCGCUAUCCUGAUGCGUCGAAUUAGAAUUCUCCACUCAUUCUCAGUUGUUUUCCUCCACUAUUUCUAUGUGUUUUCAUGAAUCAGCCCUUUGAUAGUCCAAAUCCCUAAUUUUGCUGUGUCAGGAUUUCCAAAUUUAUUGACUAUCCACAUUCUUACUUUUUAUCGAUCUAACAUUCACAUCUCAGUCCUCUUUAAAAAUAAUUGUAAAUCCACAUUCAGAAUCUGUUAUUUAUUUAAAAGAGACAAAAAUGUCGACAAAACAGCAGCCAACUAGUCCAGGGUCCGAAAUGGACCAACGCCAUGCUGGGAAUGAUGAAAGGAAAAGGAAGAGAAUGAUAUCAAACCGUGAAUCUGCACGCAGGUCUCGGAUGAGGAAGCAGCAACAUCUGGAUGAGAUGGUUGGUCAAGUGAGCCAGCUGCAGACCGAGAACAGUCUCCUUUCACAGAAAAUCAAUAACACCACUGAACUUUACCUUGGGGUUGCCUCGGAGAACAACGUGCUAAGAGCUCAGCUUGCAGAGCUGACUGAUCGUCUAAGAUCACUGAACUCUGUUCUUGAAAUCGUAUCUGAUGUUAGUGGACUGGUGUUGGAUAUUCCCGAUAUCCCAGAUACCUUACUCGAGCCAUGGCAGCUGCCUUGCCCAAUACAUUCCAUCACUGCAUCUGCUGAUAUGUUCCAGUACUGAAUAAUAGUUAAAGAAGUCUCCUCCGUGAUGCUUUGCUGGUUCUCCCAUGGUAAUACGUGUCAUUAGUCAUGCUUCGUUUGGAUAAUGGUUUGGUUUUCGUUUUCACUAUGUCAUUUGAGUCUAGAAUAAUAGGGUAUUAAGGGCACCUUUGAUCCAAAAACACUAGAUGUCACUCGUUGCCAGUUUUGCCUAGUCUUUGUCAAAUGUGCUCAUAAGGGUUUGGCAUAUGUUUCUUUAACAUCGUCCACUAAUAAGAGUACUAGUGCAUAGGUUGGCACGAAGUACUGGAUGUUAUUGGAUAGUAACGCCCUCUUUAUUACUUUCCUGUAUUUCCUAGUCUAUCUUGUCAAACAUGUCAUAAAUAUUUUGCAGUUGUUGCCAUGGAUACUAUUAAGAUUGAUGGUUUGCUUUGAUGUAAGUUAAUCAAUGGCUUCUGGAAGUAAAAUCUAUUUUAUUGGAUGACGGUUGCUUUGUGUA